AUGCACCCCAAAAAAUGUACAGAAGAAAAAAGUAUUCUGACAAGUUUCGAAGAAAGGUAUUUCAAAUGCAAAUAUGUGUGGAAGUAUACGUACGUAUUUUUAAAAAAAAAAAAUUCAUCACCCCGUGCUUCUAUCCCUGAACGUAAGCAAAUAAAAUGUAGUAAAAACACGCCUUCAAACAAUUACACGUUACAGGUUACAACAAUACAAAUAUGGAAUGAACCUGCAGGCAAGGGUAAAAAAAAAAAAAAGAAAAAAUUUUCUACAAAAAUUGUGCCCAAAAAUGCUACAAAAAAUGUGGCAAAAACUUCUACAAAAAAUGAACUAAAAACUUCUACAAAAAAUGUGCUAAAAACUUCUACAAAAAAUGUGCUAAAAACUUCUACAAAAAAUGUGCUAAAAAUUUCUACAAAAAAUGUGCUAAAAAUUUCUACAAAAAAUGUGCUAAAAAUUUCUACAAAAAAUGUGCUAAAAACUUCUACAAAAAAUGAGCUAAAAUCACGAAGAAUACCCUUAUCGAAUAAAAGAAUACAUAUUAGAUGUGUAACGCAAAUGAUGAGAAGGAGAUUCACCUAA